GUGUGCAUCCCCCAGCAGGUGCGCUCGUGUCGUCACUGCCUAGUUACAAACUGCCAGGAAGAAAAAAGAUUUCCUAACUUGGCUACCAUGUUCGCUUAGACACCGUUUUAAGCUCGUUGUAAACAGCUGUCAGCAGUCAGCUGUUUAUAAAGUUUUAAGAUUACUUUAAGCAAAGGAAGUUUUGGUUUCAGCGGAAAGGUGGAUGUUAAGGCAGGAAAAUGGGUAAAAAAGAUGACACAAACCCCGACUCCGAGUAUGGAGAACCUGCUCAGUUUGACCCUACAUUCAAUGGACCCAUAAAGAAAAGAGGGUGCACUGAUAUAAUCUGCUGUAUCCUGUUUAUGGUCGUCAUCCUUGGCUACAUAGUAGUUGGGAUUUUAGCUUGGCUCUACGGAGAUCCUAGACAUGUUCUUUAUCCAAGAAACUCAACUGGAUCAUUUUGUGGCCUUGGACCAAACAAAGGCCUACCCAACGUGUUCUACUUUGACAUGCUGAAAUGUGCCACAUCUGUUAAUGUUAUGGCAUCUUCUCUUAAUGGCAUUCAGUGUCCAACCAAACAGGUGUGUGUGGAAAACUGUCCCACUCAGUUCUGGGCUGUGGAAGUACGGUCAUACUUUCCAAACAUAAAGCCAGCUAAUGUUUUCAAUCAAAGCUUAUGUGUGCCAUCCAUAAACCUGGAAAAUACUAGGCUGACUGUUCAACAAAUUGUGAACCAGGAACUGUGCCCUUUCUUCAUAAUGCCCACAACCCCUGUGCUGGGGAGAUGUUUGCCCGAUAUCACAGCACUGGGGAAUAUCCCUUCAUACUUCGCCGAUAUUCCAGGCCUACCCUCUUCAGUCAAUCAGACAGUCGGCAUAAUAAAGAAUGGCACUGGGGACGUUGUGAAUGGCUUCAAUGCCAGAGAGAUCAGCGUCCGAAUCUUUGAGGAUUUUGCGUCGUCAUGGCCAUGGAUCCUCCUUGGUCUGCUAAUAGCCAUGGUGGUCAGUAUGCUGUUCCUGUUGCUGUUGAGAUUCACCGCUCCAGUCAUGGUGUGGGUUCUCAUCAUAGGACUCCUGGGUGCUGGGGCAUAUGGUAUAUGGCACUGCUACUGGGAGUAUAAUAACUACAAGCAAGCUUCUGCUACCAUCACUACUAUUGGUUUCACCACCAACUUCAGUGCUUACCUGCAUGUCCAAGAGACCUGGCUGGCAUUCUUGAUACUAAUAUCUGUGGGGGAGGCAAUCAUUCUCCUGACCAUCAUCUUCCUGCGGACCAGAAUCCUCAUAGCCAUCGCCCUCAUCCAGGAGUCCAGCAAGGCAAUCAGUCACAUGAUGUCCUCUCUGCUGUACCCUCUUAUCACCUUUGUUCUCCUGCUGGUGUGUGUUGCUUAUUGGGGUGCCACUGCUUUAUAUCUGGCAACUUCAGGCAGCCCAGUCUACAAAGUGGUGGCUCUCAACUCCACUAUGAGCGACUGUAAGAGUGUUAAUGGCUCUGUGGACUGUGACCCUCAGAACUUCACCUCAUCAGAUUACCCAGGCUGCCCCUCUGCCAGCUGCAUCUUUAUCAGAUACAACAACGAGGGUCUUUUCCAGAGGAACCUCUUCAACCUGCAGAUCUACAACGUGGUAGCUUUUCUCUGGUGUGUCAACUUCGUCAUUGCCUUGGGGCAGUGUACGCUGGCGGGGGCCUUUGCCUCCUACUACUGGGCCUUCACCAAACCGAAAGAUAUCCCCAUGUUUCCCCUGUGUGCCAGCUUUAUUCGCGCACUCAGGUACCAUGUGGGCUCCUUGGCAUUUGGUGCUUUGAUCCUGACCCUGGUGCAGAUAGCAAGGAUGAUUCUGGAGUACAUUGACCACAAAACAAAAGCGGCGCAGAAUCCAUGUGCUCGUUUCAUAUUGUGCUGCAUGAAGUGCUGCCUCUGGUGUCUGGAGAAGUUCAUCAAGUUCCUCAACAGGAAUGCUUAUAUCAUGAUCGCCAUUUACGGCAAAAACUUCUGCGUCUCAGCCAAAAAUGCGUUCUCGCUGCUCAUGAGAAAUAUAAUCAGAGUCGUCGUGCUCGAUAAAGUGACAGACCUGCUGCUGUUCUUUGGGAAGCUCCUGGUGGUCGGAGGAGUAGGCGUAUUGGCCUUCUUUUUCUUCUCUGGACGAAUAAUACUGCCAGGCAGCACCUUCCGCUCUGAAACCCUCAACUACUACUGGAUGCCAAUUAUUACUGUGGUGGUUGGUAGCUACCUCAUAGCUCAUGGAUUCUUCAGUGUGUACAACAUGUGUGUCGACACACUCUUCCUCUGCUUCUUGGAGGACUUGGAGCGUAACGAUGGAUCGCUACAGAAGCCAUACUUCAUGUCCAAAAACCUCAUGAAGAUACUCAAUAAAUCCAACAAAACACCAAAGAAGGGUAAAGGGAAGGAUUGAAGAUCUUUAUUUUUACCUCCUGAGCUUAUGAAACCACAAAAACACAGAUUUUCAGGAUCUCUUUAUUUGCAUGUUUUACCAUUUUAACACUCACAUGUUUGUUUGUUAGUUUUUUAUUUUAUAUGUAGUAUUAAUUACUGUACAAAUGAAAGGACCAAGCAUUUGAAUGCAGGUAAUGUGAACUUAUAAUAUGCAGGGUAUCCUACAUAUUUCAUUUGUUAAAUACGUUUUGAUUUGUUUCAUAAUGACUGAGUCCCAAAGUAAUUGUUCUUUUAUUUUAAACAUAACCUUUGUUUCUGUUCAUUCGGCUCAGACUUAAUGCUGCACAACAUUUCUGCUCCGGACAAGUACGUACAUAAUCCAGUUAAAUGAUUAAUGUCAUGUAAGGCUUUUUCUAUUUUUUACUGAAAAUCUUUUCUUUCUAAUGUGUGAUUUCUUCAAAUGGAACAAAAAUGUUGUCACACAUCAUGUAUUUUUAAAUAUUAAAGGUUGUAAUAAAUAUGUACAUUUUUA